AUGGGUUCAUGGAGACGAGGCGUACAGGAAGGAAUUCCUAAUGUUAACUACAAGAGGGAACAGGAAACAUUUAUGACUACCAUGAACGCUGUGGCUGAGGCAGUGCGUGAGGCUGCAGUAGCAGCGGCUAGGGCUGUUGAUCGUCUUGGAGUGAGAAAUGAGAAUGAGAAUGAGCAUGGGGAAGAUAGUGGAAACGAUGAGAAUAACUUGGGGCAUUUCGAAAGACCUAUGACCCUUGCGACUUUUCUGAAGGUUAAACCACCUAAGUUUAAAGGUACACUCGUUGCAACUGAUGCUGACAAUUGGUUUCGAGCUAUCGAACGAUCACUGCGAGAACAGCAUGUUCCGGAAGGCCAACACGUGGAGUUCGCUACUUAUAUGCUGGAAGGAGAAGCUGAGCAUUGGUGGCAGGGGAUACAGCGACUGUUGCAACAAGAUGAAGGCGUUAUUCCUUGGAAUACUUUUAAGGAUGAAUUUUAUAAGAAGUAUUUUCCGAGGGCAGCUCGUGAUGCUAAGGAGAUGGAACUUAUGCAGCUGAAACAGGGUAACAUAACUAUUGCAGAAUAUGCCCGUAAGUUUGAUGACUUGUGCCGUUUCUCCAAGAUCUGCCAAGGGAAUCCUGCUGAUUUUGAAGAAUGGAAGUGUUUGAAGUUCGAAGGGGGCCUUCGUGAGGAUCUGAUGAGUUCAGUAGUUCCAUUGGAGAUACGAAAUUUUGCUGAGCUGGUUAAUAAGUGUAAGUUAGUAGAAGAAUGUGCUAAGAAGGUGAGUGCCUCUAAAGCAAGUCGUCAAGGAUUUCCACCAAGGAACUACAAUAAUUAUAAUUGGCAACCACGAAGGACAAACUUCAAGACACCUGGUGUGCCACAUCGAAGAAACCCACAGGUUGGUAACAUCCCUACUCGCCCUACGGGUGGAAACAGAGGUAGACCAAGGCAGGAUAAUGGUAAACGAUCUCAACAGGCACAAGUGAAUAUUGCGUGUAGGCAGUGUGGAAAGGAUCAUGGUACCAGGCCUUGCCAAAUCAGAACAUUUACUUGUUACAAUUGUGGGGAACCGGGACACUUGGCGAGGAGUUGCCCAAAAGGACUUUCUCAAAAUCCAAUACGAACCCAGCAACAAGGUCGAAGUUGA